AAUAUGGCGGUCCAGCUUACGUCACGACACAUUACCAACGACAUUAAAUAAAUUUUGAUGGAAUAUUUAUAUCUCGUACCAAUUGAAUAGCACAUAAUUCUAUCAGCUGAGAUUGAGACGUCUAGGUACUUGUUAUUACUUUAAUAGAAAUGUUAUUCACCGUUAUGAUUUUAAUUGCAUGGAUACCCUGUGGACAUGGCCGAGACCGCUCGUAUGAUGUUUACACGACAAGUAAUCAUGCUGUUGAGGAAAUCGGAGAGGAUGUAUUUUUUGAAAUCGUUCAUCCACCGGAGUUGCAGUUUACUUAUAGAAUAAGACCGGCUCAGGGCUUUGGAGCUAAUUUUAAUUCAAGUUUUUCGGAGAAAAACAUUGCCCUGAUUCCAACAACACCUCCAGAUUGUUGUAAUCCGCCGGACAAUGCCGGUGAAUUAUUCGGAUCAGUUGCGUUAAUCGAGAGGGGAGGCUAUUGA